CAAACAAACACAAAUCUCAUUUUAUAUGCUCCAUUGUGAAUGACAAGGCAUUGUGAUUUUUAUUUUUUAUUUUUUUUUGUGCCAUCGUCAUCAUCAUCAAAACAAUUGUGUGUGUGUGUGACAUUUUUUUUCAAAUGUCAUCAUCAUCAUCAUAAUAAUAAUCGAGAUUAGAUUACCUAAUAAUCUAGAAUUGUAAUUCACUCGUAGUUGGUUGUUGUUUUAUUUUGAUAUAUCUGCAGAUAUCAUCCACCACAUUUUCUCCAUCUGGCAUCAUCAUCAUCACACUCAUGUGAUAAAAUUAAUUUCCUGCAUUAAAUUCGUCAAUGUUCAUCAUUGAAACGUGUUUUUGUUUUUUUGUUUUUGAAAUUUUUCAACUAUGACACCAAAACCUUUGACAGCAGUUACUGAUCAUCAUUCCGUUGAUGGACAGAAAAAUUCAUCAUCAACAACAAACAGAAUGAUUAAACGACAACCAUUAUCAUCGUUUGGUGAUCAUUAUCAUAUCGGUGAAGAGAUUGGCAGUGGAAAAUUUGCCAUUGUCAAACGUUGUAUAUGUAUUGAAAAUAAUGAAGAAUUGGCUGCCAAAUUUAUACGCAAAAGUCGUUUCGGACGUAUGGGACAAAAAUUAAAAGACAUUGAAUUGGAGAUUGCCAUCCUGUCCGAUUUGGAUCAUCCAAAUAUCAUUAAAUUGAUCGAUGUGUUUGAAGACAAUCAUCAGGUUGUACUUGUAUUUGAAUUAAUGAAAGGUGGUGAACUACAGGAUUAUAUUGCCGAACAUGAUUAUCUAUCGGAAAGAGAAACACAAUUUCUAAUGAAACAGAUUCUAGAAGCAUUAGCAUAUAUGCAUGAGAAAUCUAUUGUACAUUUGGAUCUUAAACCGGAAAAUAUUUUACUGGAUAAUCUGGAUAGCCGUCAAUUGAAAAUCAUUGAUUUUGGUAUUUCUCAACGAUAUGAUGCUAAUGCCAAUAUUAAAGGAAUCUAUGGUACACCAGAAUUUAUCGCACCAGAAAUUCUUAAUUAUGAACCAAUCGGUUUUGGUACUGAUCUAUGGGCCAUUGGUUGUAUUGCCUACAAUAUGUUAUUUGGAAUAUCACCAUUUUAUGAGGAAGAAAAACAAGAUACAUAUACAAGAAUUACUAGACUAGAUUAUGAUAUUGACUGUGAUUCAACAACAAACAACAUAAGUGAUGAUGCUAGAGAUUUUAUACAACGUUUACUUGUUAAAGAUAUUCGAAAACGAAUGUCAGCACGACAAUGUCUUGAACAUCAAUGGUUAUGUUAUCCAGAUGAAUCAUCAUCAUCAUCAUCAUCAUCUUCAGCUGAUCCAAAUGUUGGUAAUGAUGAAAGAAUUAUGAAUGAAAAUGUACGCCGUCGAUGGAAGACAUCCAUCUAUUUAAUCAUUCUAUAUAAUCGUCAUUUAAAACGUCGAUUAACAUCUUUAUUAUUGACACAAAAUAAUAAUAAAAAAUCGAUAAAUCGUCGUUAUCCACAAAACCAUCAUCAUCAUCAUAAUCAUCAUCAUGGACAAUUAAAAUCUAAACAUGGUAGUGGAGGAAGUGCUGCCAUAUCUUAUUGUUCAGCAUCAUCAUCAUCAUCAUCAUCAUCACCGACUACAACGAUGACAACAUCACCAUCAUCUUCAUUAUCAUUGAUGUAUGAUAAACGAUCCAAAUAUAUCCAUCAUCAUCAUUCACAUCAACAUUCGAAUUCAUCAUCACGAUCGUCGACAACAGAUGGCGGCAUGUUCAACAAUGAUAAUGAUGAAAAUUUCAUAUUGGCUGCCUUAUUUGGUGCUAUUGAAGAAGGAAAUUUACAUUCCAUACAAGAAUUAUUUACAGCAUCAAACAUUGAUCCUAAUCAAUGUAACAAGCAUGGUGAAUCAUUAUUACAUUAUUGUGCUGGUCUUGGACAAUUGGAAAUAUUUAAAUUUCUAUGCAAAAUUGAUGCCAAUAUUAAUGUUGUUGAUGAUCAAGGAGAUACCGUAGUACAUUGGUCAGCAAGACAAAAUCAUUCAAAUAUUAUCCGUUAUGUUUAUGAACAAACGGCUUCAAUUGAAAUGUUAAAUAAGAAUAACGAAACACCAUUACAUGUAGCUGCACGUUAUGGUCAUGUUGAAGCUGUUGAACAACUAUGUAAAUGUGGUGCCAAUAUCAAUGCCAUUGAUGAGCAUGGUGAGACGGCCAUUUUGAUUGCCGUAUGGCAUGGUUUUCCAAAAAUUGUACAUAUCCUUGGUGAAAUUGGUGCCGAUACAAACAUAAUGAAUAAGGAAGAAGAAUCCGCCCUUCAUGUAGCUUCAGCUCGUGGUCAUUAUGAAUGUGUACGAUGUUUAUUAGAUGCUGGUGCCAACGCAAAUCUUCGUAACAAGAAUUCCUAUACACCAUUACAUUUGGCUUUAAAACGUCAACAUCAAAUGGUAGCCAUGUUAUUGUUGAAAGCUGGUGCCGAUUAUGAAUUACCAGAUGAUAAUGGCGAACGUGCCAUACAUUAUGCUGCUCGUUAUAAUCUUGUAUCAAUCGGGCAAUGGUUAUGCCAAAUGAAUCGUUGCCAGGUUAAUGUGCCAAAUAAACAUGGCCUAUAUCCAUUACAUAUUGCAGCAAAAAGUGGUCAUAUCGAAAUUGUUCGUACAUUAUGUUUAGCUGGCAGUGUUGUCGAUCAAAAAGAUAAAGAUUCAAUCAUACCACAGAUUUGUGCCAUUGCUCAAAGUCAUAAUGAUAUUGCCGAUCUAUUGACACGUUUACGUAAUGAAAGACAAAAAGAAGAAUUCAUCACACAAUUGAUGCCCAUACCUUCAAAUCAACCAUUACCACGGAUUAAACUGAAAAUUUUUGGUCAUUCUGGCGCAGGAAAAUCAACAUUAAUUGAAUCAUUAAAAUGUGGCUAUUUUAGUAGCUGGUUUCGUCGCUCAAAAGGUCUCAAUAGUACAAUUUCAUUGAUGAAAUUGAAUAAUAUAAAUACCACAAUGAAUGGUCAGUCACAACAACAACUAAAUCGUUCGACUAUAGAACCACCACCACCACCACCACAUCAAAAGAAUGUAUCCAAAACAAAUGGAUGUGAAUUGGGCCGAUCAAAUCUUUCAAUCAUAAGUGAUGGAUCAAUGACCAGUCGUGAUCAUCAUUCAACCAUAAACAAUAACAAUGUGCCAAUGAUGAAACAGCAGCAACAACAAUUGAAUAAUGGAAUAAUGACAAAAAUGAUGAAUCGAACUGCAAAUAUCAAUCAUUAUCAACAUCCUACGCAGCCAAAUCAUCAUCAUCAAACACAAACAAAAGGAAUCGAUUGUCAACAAAUGUAUAUAUCGGGUGUUGGCGAUCUAAGUGUAUGGGAAUUUAGUGGCCAUCCUGCUUAUCAUCAGAUCUAUGAUCAUUUUUUGGGUGAUGUACAUUGUCUACAUGCCAUAGUAUUUCGUCUUUGUGAUGCAAUUGAAAUUCAACUUGAUAAUAUUUUCUUCUGGUUAAAUUUCAUACAAAGUCGUAUGCCAAUAUCGGAACCAUUGUUAUAUUGUGGUAAAAGUCAACAUUAUGCUAAAAUCAUAUUGAUUGCUACACACGCCGAUCUAGCUCAGCAAACAUUUGUGCCUGAUGAAAUUGAACAAAAUCUACAACAGAUUAUGAUGAAAGUAAUGGCCAAAUUCAAAAAUGUAUUCGAAAUUUAUGGUAAUAUAUUCAUGAUGGAUGCCAGUGUUGCCGGUUCGAUCGGCAUGAAACAAUUAAAACAGUAUUUAAAUCACGCCAAAUUAUCGAUCGUUCAAGAAUUGCCUCAUACAACUGGUUUUCUUGAUUCAGUUCUUACAUUUUUGAAUCUUUAUCGAAAAGUUUCGCCCAAUUUUCCUGUAUUAAGCUAUGAUCAAUUCAAAGACAUGAUCAGAUCACAAAUAAAUCCAUUAUCUUCAGAAGAUCAUUUCAAAGAACUAGUCCAACAAUUGGAAAUUAUGGGUGAAAUUGUUUUUCUCAGAUCAACAAAUAACACCAACUAUGAUUCAUUGGUGCUCAAUCCUAAAUGGCUAAACUGUGAUAUUGUCGGCACAUUAUUAUUGAUGAAAGAUGAUCCAAACUAUAUGAUCAAUGUGAAUAAAACACAAAUAAUGGGCAUCUAUUCUAUUGAUGAAUUCCAAGAACGAUUCGAUGAUGUCGAUGCAUUGGAUCUAUUACAAUUACUUGAAUUACUUGGUAUUUGUACACCGAAUGAUCGUUCUGGUGAUAUUGAAUAUGAAUUUCCUUGUUUUAUACUUGAUGGUGAUUGGGAAGAAUUGUUGGAUCGUUUCCAAUAUCGUGAUAAUUGUGUUUAUCAUGGAAUUGUUUUCCAUUUACAACAUUCAUUAUCAUCAUCAUCAUCACCAUCGUUUGGUUGCAUUCUUACCAGUGUAUUUCCAAGAAUACAAGCCAAUCUUCGUUCAGAGCUACGAAAUCAUUCUACCUAUAAUGUAUAUGAUCUUCAUAAUUGUUUUAAAUUCAGUCAUUUUACAAUUGAAGAAACUAAUAUCAUGUUUAUCAUCUCAUUGAAUACAACUGCGCAAUCGAUUGAAAUACGAUUUUCUGGACCAUAUGAUAAACGUCGUGAAUGUUUUUUCUUCAUGCAAGAAAUGAUACAGAUUAUUGAACAAACCGUUUGUAGAUGUGCACCUGGUUUAAAUGUUGCCAAAUCCUAUUUGUCACCUGUACAGAUAAAAGAUCAACGUGAAAAUCUAAGCUUUUAUUCAUCUAGUUCAUUGAUGAAAUCUUUAUUGUUUGGUUCGAAUAAAAGUACAACAAAUUUAUUGAAGAAAAAAAUUCAAACUGAUGACGCCGAAUGUGAAGAACGGAUUGGUGAUAUUCUUUGUUUCGGUAUCUGUAAUUUAAAUGAAAUCAAUGUUUCUUCAAAUGGUGAACCAACCUUAGCCAAUGAACUUCAUUCAUCGAAUUUAUCAUUGUUAACGAAACAAAAAUUAUGUUCAUUAUUGGAUCCACCUGAAUCGAUUGGUCGUGAUUGGUGUAUGUUUGGCAUAUUACUUGGUAUGACCGAUAAAUUACCUAAAUUAGAUCCUGGUACAAAUGCUCAAUUAAGUCCAACAGCACGUGUUAUUGAAGAAUGUGUUCGUAAUGUAAAUUGUACAAUCAAAAUGUUGGUAGAAAAAUUAUCCGAAUUGAAUCGUUUUGAUUGUGUAGAUGUAAUAUUAAACACUGGUCCAUUAUUACGAAUGUUUCCAUCAACAUCAUUACCGGAAGAAGGAAUUAUCUAUAAUGAUGAAUCAUCACAUACAAGUUUAGGUGUUAGUACAUUAUCACAUACAUCCAGUUCAAAUCUAUCACGUUGACAUCUUUAAUCCACAUUAAAGUUAUUGCAUUGACACACACACACACACACACAGACACUAAUCCUAAUCAUUCAUCAUCAUCAUUAUUAUUAUCAACUGACUGACCACAAGAUUGUGCCAAAACAAACAAAAAUACCACUAAUUGAACGAUUCGAAGAUGGAUAUUUGUUCUUUAUUAAAUGAAAAAAAAAUGUGA